UAUCCCCUAAUUCCUCAACAACAAAACAAUCAAAACCCAUUAAUAUAGGUUUUCAUUAGGUACUCAAAGUUUGAUUUCUUGUCAUUCAAACAACCAGAGAACCCUAAAAGGAACAUCACCAAAAGAUUGUCAUUUGAGAUUUGAGCUCUCUUCGUGAUACCACAACCGCAUUUUGAGGUGUCCCCUUUUCUAAUCAAUUUAAGCAAAUCAAAACUCAGAAGAUAACAACCUUUAAAAAAUCUCUCAUUUUCGAUUCGGUUUCCGUAAGAAACAGAAACAAUGAGCCUGAACUGCCUCGCUUGCCACAUCUUGCAAAGAACAGACUCGGACAGAGAAAUAGGAAGCCUUAAAGAUUCAAACUUCAAAGAAAAUUUCGCAACUUCAAGGUAUGACAAGAUGGUAAGGAACAGAUCAUCGUUGCCAGUAGUAAGACGGGUUAAUAAGGGUCAUCGCAGGCUUUACAGUGCGGAGAUCAUGGUCUAUGGGGAACUGGACGAGCCCAAGCUGGUCAGAAGCAGUGGGAUCAGAAGGGAUUGGAGCUUUGAGGAUCUAAAGAAAAAUAAAGAUCAGCUAAGAAUUGAAGAGACAAUAAAGGAAUAAAACAGAUCCUUUUGCUAGGUUUCUUCUAAUGUUCUUGUUAACCUGUUCUGUUGUUUUCGAUAAGUUUACGGAUUUUCUGUGAUCCGACAUGAUAAAAUCUGUGAAAGUUCAUAUAUAUGAAUUCAUUUUCCUAAUGAAGAUUCUAUAAGAGCUGAA